AUGGAUGGUCCUUCUCGCCUGUCCGUCCCUGGGGGAGUCCCAGACAAACGAUAUUCUCUUGCUGAUGCCACCAACCGUAUAGACACAGAGAAUGAGGAUGAGAUCUUUCAGCUAGUGACAAGCCUCGAAGAGCAUGUUAGAGAUUCAGAUAACUUUCGUUGGCAAUCAAUCUCGACACAGAAAUCCCAAGAUAGGGUUCGAUCCAACUACCGCCAUUUUCUUCAAACCAUCAAAGUCAUCAAUGAGGACAUGACUGAAGAGGUUAUCGACAAGGAGAUGUUCCUUGGGGACAAGGAGAAGAUCACCAAGCAAAUGAAGAUGUUCAUUAUGUUUGUUGCCAAAUAUGGUCGUGGUCGCGCCCAAGGAACAAGAAUCAGCUACCGAGGUCUAGUCACUUACCGCAAUGCUCUCGUUUUCUGGUGCAGCCGAAUGGCCAGGAUCUACAACGCGAGUUCCCUUCCAACCAGCACCUCGUUUAUUGUCAUCACUGAGACGAUGAGAUACGCCACCGAAGCCUUUCAGCUGACGAACACCGCAGGCAUGACUAUGUCUAAAGUAGGGCUCCCAGAACUCCGACAACUGAUAGACUUUGAUAUGAUCUCUGCGCCCAAUAUUGAGGUUGCUGAGUGUCACCAUCUCGCCUGGUGUAUUGGAAGAAUCUGCGCUGUUCGCCCGGGGUCACUCGCCAGAAGUGAUAACAAACCAGUGGAUUCGCCCCAAAAGCCGUUCUUGAUAUGGAACGAUAUCGAAUUAUCCCGGGACCAUGGUGGCAAGUUCGCAUUGACGAUUACUUUCCGAAACCUCAAGACCAACAGCGAGGAACCAACAAAGGCUGCGCAGAAAGGUCCACUGAGAUCAGUGCUGAGAUGUGUCAUCAAGUCACCACAAAACACUGAAAACAUGGUCUUUUCAGUCCCUCAUCGUCUCUUGACUAUAGCUAUUCGCCGUGGAAUUCUUGAUGGCAUCGAAACUCUUGACGAAUUGUUCAGUUCCGAGGCCAAAUAUAUCUCGAUCAAACCAGAGUUCCUCGACAAACCAGUGUUCCUUGCCGCCAGUCCUCGGGGACUGACUGUCACCCAAGAACCGAUGAGAGCCACUGCUCUUACGACUUACAUCUCCCUUCGAGGCCAGAAGAUUGGUUAUGCCGACAACCUGACAUUCUACUCGCUUAGGCGACGGACCGCCAACGAUCUCAGUCGCAAAAUAGGCAAAGAUGCUGCCCGCUCUCUUAUGAACCAUGAUCCCGAUUCGCGAACACUCGAAAAGUACUAUCUUUCACUUGAGGAUACACUUGAUGUCAGCGGGUUGGCUUUAGACGAAGUUGACGGUGAUACGGGUGGCCAGACGGAGGAAAUGCUCAAAAGUGACCAUGACUUGGCUAUCCACGUCCUUACCGACGAGAGGGCUAGAAAAAUUCACGGGCCAGCCCUUAACGCGUUGAUGAGCCAAAUGAUGCUCGGUGAUGAGAACUACCCGGCUCUCGCAUCCGCCAAAGAGCUUCGAAACUACAAGCGAGUGGUCCGUCGAGCUGCAAUCAAGGCUCUUCUUGCUCAGGAGGUCCAGAAUCAACGUCGCGAGAUGAGCCAAACCGACUACGAUGAGCGCGUGCGCCGCCUGGAGAGUUCGCGCCUCAGUGAGCUUGUGCUGGAGAAGGCCCGGCAGAAUUUAGCAGUUUCCGAACCUAUUGGUGAAGGUGAAAGCCCAGGUGAUGAGCCUCCUGCUGCGGUAGAUGAGAACACUGGUUUAUUUAUCCACGAUGUUGAAGAACUGCCCGAGGAGGACCUGGAUGACCAGAUCAACAACACUGGUGGUGAUGGUGAGAUCCACCGAGAGCUUGAUGAGGGAGAACCCGAAGCCAACGAAGAUAUUCCGUACGCCGAUGCUGCCAAGGCAUUUAUGCAGCUCAUUUUGUGUAACACCAUGAGCGAGUACCAGAAUUUGAGAAAGAAUGGUGUUCUUUGCGCUAAAUGUCAAGAAGAUGACACAAUUGGCCCAGAAAUCAAGAAUAAAAGGUACUACGAUGCUACCCAUCUCUACGAUCACGAAAGAUCCAAGCUCCACUUGCCGAAGCAAAAGUGGGUGAGACGAACCAUCCAGGCCUUCGAGGCCUCCAACGAAGAGCGCAUAACCUGUCCCUACUGCAAGCAACUCGGCAAAGAGUCCACAUUCUUCCACGUCAAGGCUCUGGUGAAGCACAUCACCUACGGAAACUUCGGUGCUGAGCAUGACCGACUAAAGCGUGCAGAUAGCUGGUACGAUGAUGGCUGGGAAAAACACCCGGAGUCAAAAUCAAAGACCUUUCGUAAGAACCAAGAAAGGCAGCGCCAGGUAAAGAUGGCCGCUCUCAACAUCAGAUACAGCCAGUAUGAGCCAUCACCCACAGUCCCACACCCAACCAGGGCAGGAAUUGUCUUUGCUCCCGGCCCACGCCCAGUCACUCGUGCUGGAGUGAAGAUGGCACCGGCAGAAGAGAUAUCCAAGCCCGCUCCUAUUCCGGACCGCUACAAGUCAGCGAUCAAAGUUGGUGAUAUCAAUGAACCAUUCAAAAUUCCCAAAGGCAUGGAAGGCUUGAUCAAGACCACCCGAAUGAAAUUCCCCACCAUUGAUCCAGGGCAGGGAACAGGUGGUGGGUGGUAA